CCAAGGUUCUGAUUUUGGUUCUGUUCUUCUCUCUGUGCCCCACCACCUCCUCCCAGAAUGCUCACCCCAGCAGAUUUCAUCAGGAAGGAGCUGAAGACUGUCCACAGAUACCCCAUGAUCUGUGCCUUUGCACACAACUGGGAGAGAAUUGAGAAGUUCCAGUGGAGGCCAGAUGACAUUGUGAUUGCCACUUACCCCAAAUCUGGUACCACCUGGAUUUCCGAAAUUGUGGAUAUGAUUCAAAACCAUGGCGACGCUGAAAAAUGUAGUCGAGAGGCCAUUUACAACAAAGUUCCCAUGUUGGAACUGUCUGCCCCGGGCGUGAGGACGUCAGGCACAGAGGCAUUAGAAAAGAUGCCAUCGCCCCGCCUCGUCAAGACUCAUCUGCCAGUUGACCUCAUACCCAAGGAUUUAUGGAAAAACAACUGCAAGAUAAUUUACAUGGCAAGAAAUGCCAAGGAUGUGGCGGUUUCAUAUUACUAUUUUCACCUGAUGAAUAAAUUACUGCCUUACCCAAACUCCUGGGCAGAGUACCUAGAGGCCUACAUGACUGGGAAAGUGCCCUAUGGUUCCUGGUUUGCCCAUGUGAAGAAAUGGUGGGAUAAAAAGGAAGAAUACCCCAUGCUCUACCUCUUCUACGAAGAUAUGAAAGAGAACCCCAAGAAGGAGAUCGUGAAGGUGAUGCAGUUCCUGGGGAUGAGCCUAGGUGAAGAAGUCUUGGAGAAGAUCAUACAUCAUACUUCAUUUGAAAUGAUGAAAGGCAAUCCCUUGUUGAACUUCACAAAGAUACCAAGUGUCAUGAUGGAUCAUGAUGCCUCCUGUUUCAUGCGCAAAGGGACUAUUGGUGACUGGAAGAAUUACUUCACGGUGGCCCAAAAUGAAAUAUUUGAUGUAAUAUAUGAGAAGGAAAUGGCUGGAACCUCACUAAAGUUCUGUACAGAGAUCUGAAGUGACCUGACUCUCAAACCACUGUUCUGCUGUUGUCAGUUGAAGGUGCUUGUGGCUAAGGUGCUUCCCAUCCCCACUUUGUGGGUCCUUCAUGCUUUCUAUAGGUUUCUGGCUGCCAGCACCCUUUUCAUAGCCUGGAUUCACCUUAACAAGUCCCUGGCCACAAGGGAAUGUAGACUUUCACUUUUGCCUUGCCCUGAUGGCUCUGAAAAUAGUACACAACUCUAUUUCUUUUUUACCCUCUGUUCUUCUUCUUCUUCCUCUGCU